UAGAGCCAUCGAAGAAGAAGUAGAGCCGUCGAAGAAGAAGUAGAGCCAUCGAAGAAGAACGAGUUGCAGUGUAUUCCAUGUUUUCUCUGUUGUGUUUUGUUUGAACAUUAAACAAAGUUUUUGACGAGUUUAUAUAAUGUACUGAGACUGUUAAAGAGGAGGAACUGCUGCCACACAGUUAUUCAAAAUGAAGCUCAACAUUGAAGGUCUGUUGGUGUAUUUUCCGUACGACUACAUCUAUCCUGAGCAGUAUUCCUAUAUGCUGGAGUUGAAGAGGACAUUGGAUGCAAAGGGUCAUGGAGUCUUGGAGAUGCCAUCAGGAACAGGAAAGACCAUUUCUUUGCUCUCUCUCAUUGUUGCCUACCAAAGUGCCUUUCCUUUGGAAGUGACCAAAUUAAUAUAUUGCUCAAGAACAGUCCCUGAAAUUGAGAAAGUUGUGGAGGAGCUGAGGAAGCUGAUGGAAUAUUAUGCUAAGGAAACUGGGGAACGUAACAACUUCUUGGCUCUGGCUCUUUCCUCUCGAAAAAAUCUUUGUAUUCACCCUGAGGUGAGCGCUCUGCGCUUUGGAAAAGAAGUCGAUGGGAAGUGCCACAGUCUGACAGCAUCGUACAUUCGUUCACAGCGCCACACAGACCCCAACUUACCUCUCUGUUCUUUCUAUGAGGAAUUUGAUGCAGUCGGACGACAGGUGCCUCUGCCUGCUGGUAUCUACAACCUUGACGACCUCAAGGACUUUGGCAAAAGGAAAGGCUGGUGUCCUUACUACCUGGCUCGCUACUCAAUUCUUCAUGCUAACAUAGUGGUGUACAGCUAUCACUAUCUGCUGGACCCAAAGAUUGCUGACCUUGUGUCCAAAGAGCUUGCUAAGAACUCUGUAGUGGUCUUUGAUGAAGCCCAUAAUAUUGACAAUGUAUGUAUUGACUCCAUGAGUGUGAAUAUCACUAGACGGACACUGGACAGAUGCCAGAACAAUGUAGACACACUCCAAAACACCAUACACAACAUUAAAGAGUCGGAUGCUGCUAAGCUCAAAGAGGAGUACAGACGACUGGUGGAGGGGCUGAAGGAGGCCAAUGUAGCCAGGGAGACAGAUGUCUACCUGGCAAACCCGGUCUUACCAGAUGAAAUUCUUCGAGAGGCAGUUCCUGGUUCCAUUCGAACAGCUGAACACUUUGUUGGCUUCUUGAAGCGUUUCCUGGAAUAUCUAAAAUCCCGCCUCAGGGUCCAACAUGUGGUUCAGGAGAGCGCCCCGCAGUUCCUUAAAGACAUCUUUGAAAAAGUCUGCAUUGAUCGCAAGCCUCUGAGGUUUUGUGCAGAACGGUUACAGUCAUUGCUGCGAACUCUGGAGAUUGCUGACAUAGCAGACUUCUCAGCUGUUACUCUCAUCUCUAACUUUGCUACUCUGGUCAGCACUUACAGCCAAGGUUUUACUAUAAUUAUUGAACCUUUUGAGGACAGAACUCCAACUAUAGCAAACCCUGUGCUACAUUUCAGUUGCAUGGAUCCUUCUAUUGCCAUCAAGCCUGUGUUUCAGAGGUUUCAGUCAGUCGUCAUCACUUCAGGUACUCUCUCACCUCUGGACAUUUACCCCAGAAUCCUGGACUUUCGCCCAGUUACCAUGGCGUCCUUCACCAUGACCCUGGCCCGAACCUGCCUCUGCCCUCUGAUUGUUGGCAGAGGAAACGACCAGGUCACUCUAAGCUCAAAGUUUGAGACCAGAGAAGACAUUGCUGUAAUUCGGAACUAUGGAAAUCUACUGCUUGAGAUGUCUGCCAUCGUCCCUGAUGGGAUUGUGGCAUUUUUCACAAGCUACAUUUAUAUGGAGAACAUCGUGGCAUCAUGGUACGAACAGGGCAUUCUUGAGAAUAUCCAGAGAAACAAGCUGAUCUUCAUUGAGACUCCGGAUGCUGCAGAGACAAGCAUGGCGCUGGAGAAAUACCAGCAGGCUUGUGAAAAUGGAAGAGGGGCAAUCCUCCUGUCUGUUGCCAGAGGAAAAGUGUCUGAAGGAAUAGAUUUUGUGCAUCAUUUUGGUCGGGCGGUCAUCAUGUUCGGAGUCCCUUAUGUUUACACACAAAGCCGCAUCCUGAAGGCUCGUCUGGAGUAUCUCCGGGACCAGUUUCAGAUCAGAGAAAACGACUUCCUCACCUUUGAUGCCAUGCGUCACGCAGCUCAGUGUGUUGGUCGAGCUCUCAGAGGGAAGACGGACUACGGACUCAUGGUUUUUGCUGACAAGCGUUACGCUCGGGCUGACAAGCGUGGGAAGCUUCCUCGCUGGAUUCAGGAACACAUCAGCGACGGCAGCCUGAACCUCACCAUAGACGAGACUGUGCAGCUCUCCAAACACUUCCUGCGUCAAAUGGCUCAGCCUUUCAGACAGGAGGACCAGCUGGGUCUGUCUCUGUUGACUCUGGAGCAGCUGGAGUCGGAGGAAAUGCUGAAGAAAAUCACUCAGAUCGCUCACCAGACUUGACUGUCUGCAGCAUCACAUCAUCACUUAAGUACCAGUCGCUUUAAUUACAUCAGAAGUGGAAUUACAUUUGAACAUCAUGUUUUUGCCAAGAGUGCAGACUUUUAAACUUUCCUGCUUGUUGUUCUCAUACUGAACCAGCUUGUUUCUCGGUAGUCUCUCCUUUGACGGUUACACGCCAUGUCUGCUCAAAGGCAUUUCAGCAUCUUGUAGAGUGAUUCCUGCAGUGUCACUCUAUUACUGUCAUCGAGGUAUAACACCAUAACUGUUUGUUAUGGUCAGAUCAGAUUGAA